AUGAUGGAUUCAAGCGAUGAAUAUGAAGUGGAAAAGAUAUUGAAGAAGCGAAUGAAAAAUGGAAAGAUUGAAUAUCGCUUGAAAUGGGCCAACUUUCCUUCAUCGGAAAAUAAAUGGAUACCAUUGGAACAGAUGAAUUGUCCCGAUUUGCUCAAAGAUUUUGAGAAAUCGCGCCUCAAAUUUAUCGUCGGCGUUGCUCUACUUGAAUCCGGAAAAAUUGCAUAUGCAAUAAAGUUCAAAGAUUGUCAAAGUCUUGAAUUGAUUGAAUCAGAUGAAGCAUUCCAAAAUUGGCCAAAUGAGCUCAUUGACUUUUUGGAAAAUGCUGUUGUUUUCCAGAUGCCUGUUUCUUCCGGUGAAACAAACGAACUUGUCGUGAAUAACAGCAUGGUCGGCUUGCCAAAAGCUAUAAUUGGUUGCACAGAUUUAGGUGACGAAUGGCGUUACCUUUGUCAAUGGGUAAAUGAGGACCAGAAAAUAAUAACAGCUGCUGAUGCGAAAAAAGGAAUUCCAAGAUUGGUAAUUUCGUACCUCGAGGAAAAACUCGAACUCACUCAAGGCAAUCAAUUGCUUUCCAAAUACAUUCAUAUCACCCGUUCGAUUAAAAACUGGGCAAUCGAAAAUGAUGUCUUGUUUGAUCCAGUGGUGAAAAUUGAACGUAAUUUGGAUAUGGAAAAGUAUCUUUUGAAAAAACCAGCUGGAAAAAUAAUCAGUCGUCGUCUUACAACUGGUGCUGCAUUGAUUCCGAAAACAACCAAACAAAUUCCAUUCGGUGCACGCGGUCGAAAGAGACAGACAAUAAACUUGGUGAACAUCGGCAUUCAGCCGAAUCCGGAUGGUCGCAAACUUGUUCAAUCAAACCAAGUUUCCAGCACUUUGGUCCAAGUUGACCCAGUUCCAAACACUACGAUUCAAGCGUCACGUCGUACUUAUGCUCGAGCUAGCUCGACACCGUUGCCACCAUCUAGUGCUCCUUGCUUCGAGCAUACAACAAUUCCAUUUUUCAACUUGACACCAUCAGCUGACAUCGAAAAUGUAACUAUUGAUUUGGAUAUGGAUGACAGCAUCAUUGGCAACUUACAUUAUUCAGGCAGCGAAUAA